AUGUACACCACCAGUAAUGCAAGAGUGUUCUUAUUCCUUCUUUCAUGUUUUAUAAGCAUGAGAGUAGCUCCAAUUCUUGCUGAAAUCCAAGACUCUACCAAAAUGUGUUGUUCGGCAACUACGACUACUGUUCAACCGUUCGAUACUUCCAAUACAAACUCAUCUCUCCUCUUUGGAAAUAUGAGCAUAAUGGUCCUUGUGGUUGGAGCUCUUGGCUCAUUCGUUCUCUAUUACUUGAAAUUAAGCUUGGAAACGGUAUUGACAAGAAUUCUUUUUUUUCAACUCUCCUUGUCAGAUAAGGAUGAAGAAUUUAUGUGGUUUAAUUCUUGGUUUUCGUUUCACCCUUAUACACUGAGUGGUAGCUCUCAAAUCAAACCUUACAAGCAAUCAUUGAAAAUUAGUGGAAUUGUCUCUUUUGGAAAUCGUUCGACCAAUGAUCGCAAUGAUGACUCCAAUUCAUUACAAAAUUUGAAUGAAACUUUACAGAAUUUUGAAAAGAAGGUGAAUUUUGUUCCAGCGUAUGGCUUUCAUGUGAUCUAUGUCAAUUCACAACCUUAUAUUAUUCAUUUACAAAUGACUGUGCAAAAUACAGUGAAUGAAAUUAGAGAAAAGGAGUUUAUUACUAUUUGGAAACCAAGAUAUUCAUGGAUGAAUGUGUUUAUUAGAUUCUUGUAUCCAUGUGUUGAGAAUGUCACUAAUUCACAUCAUGUCAAUGACAUGUUAGAAAGAGCUGGGUUUAAAAAGGAGUUUUUAACAUGGAAUAAUUUGGCGUCGAGUUCUCAAAAGGAAGUUCCUGUUGAAACCAAAGCUUUGAAUAAUGACAACUCCAAUGAUCAUUCCAAUACUUUCCAUACCUCCACUGAACAAAAGAAGAUCAGUGUGAAAACUCCAAACUCGAACACCACUGCAUUCUCCAUGUUCACAGAGUUACUUCGAGAUUGUUUCUAUGUGCAUACCUUAUUGACUCGUGAAAAGACAAAACUUUUCACACCCUUCUAUCAAUCAUGGGCACUUGCUUCCGUUAAGGAGAAACGUGAAGUGAACACAGUGAUUUUGGAUGAAGGUGUUUUCGAAGAUUUACAUUCAGAUAUUUGUGAAUUUUUAAAUGGAAGACAAUGGUAUAAGGAAAGAGGAAUUCCCUAUCGAAGAGGUUACUUGUUAUAUGGUGAGCCAGGAAGUGGCAAAACGAGCACCAUUAUGGCGAUUGCUGCUUGUUUGAAUUUGGAUAUUUGUGUGUUAAAUUUGGGAGCGAAAAAUUUAACUGAUGAUUAUUUAGUUUCGUUAUUUACCAAUGCUCCUGCAAACUCCAUGAUUGUGUUGGAAGAUAUUGACUCUGCAUUUCCUAAAGUGGAAAAGAAGGCCAAAGGUGAAAAUAGUGAUUUUUCUGAAUCAUCAAAAAUUACCUUCUCUUGUUUGUUGAAUUGUUUAGAUGGAAUUACGAGUCAAGAGUCGAGAAUUGUCUUCAUGACCACCAAUUACAAAGAAAAAUUGCCUCCAUCCUUAAUCAGAAAUGGACGAGUGGAUCGAAGAAUCUAUUUCGGACAUGCCACUUGUUAUCAAUGCAAGAAACUGGCUCGAAAUUUCUUUCCUAAUGAAUACACAGAAGAGAAGGGAGAAUUAUUGUGGACACAAUUGAAAGAUCACACCUUCUGCAUGUCACAACUCCAAGCUUUCUUUUUAAGAUGUAGAAAAAGUUUUUCUCAAGUCUUGGAAGCAAGUAAGGAGUUUGAGAGUUUUUUGGAAAAUGCUCCAAAACCUUCAGCUGCAAAUUCCAAUAACGAUUCCACUUCAUCGACUAUUUCUUCACCAAGAACAGAGAAUGAUGACGAUGAAAAAGAUGAUGGCGAAAGAGAGGAAUAG